ACAAGGACGAUGAUCUUGGAUCUUCCGAGAGAUUUGGUAGAGGAGAUUUUCUAUAGACUUCCAUUGAAAUCCAUGAGAGCAGUGCGAUUAACUUGCAGAGAGUGGGACACUUUAUCAAAAAGCCGGAGCUUUACAAAGAUGCGCAUUGAUAAAGAAGCUUCUGCAGCAAGGGAAGGGGAGUCUCGGAUGAUCAUAAUGAUGAAUGAAAAUCUUCAUUUGAUGAGCUUAUUCCUCGAAGGAGAUCCAUCUACUGAGAAUAAAAGCAAACUCAGUUGCUUAAACGAAAACGAACAAAUUAAGAUAGCUCAAGUCUUUUACUGCGAGGGACUAUUGUUAUGCAUCUUGAAAGAUGAUUCUAGGCUUGUGGUUUGGAAUCCGUAUUUGGGUCAAACAAGGUGGAUCGAACCAAGAUAUUUUCACCAGGGACAUGGCGGAAGGGAUAUGGAGAGGUAUAGAUACGCUCUCGGAUACGUGAAUAAGAAGAAGAAGAAGAAAUCCUACAAAAUCUUGAGGUUUUUGGAUGAUCAAAUUGAAAACAUCUAUGCACCCGGAGAACGGUUUAAGUGGUAUGAAAUGUAUGAUUUUGACUCUGAUCUAUGGACAACUCUUGAUGUUCCUCCACACUGGUUCGUAACGUGUUCUCAGCGUGGCAUCUCCCUCAAGGGAAACACUUACUUUUGUGCUAUAAAAAAGAACUCAGAAGACGAAUUUCACUUAAUCUGUUUUGAUUUUGCAAGUGAGAGAUUUGGUCCUCUUCUUCCUUUUCCGUUUACCGCUGAGGAUGAUGACUAUGUGACUUUAUCUUGUGUUAGAGAAGAGAAGCUUGCGGUUUUACUUACCCACAACGAAUCAAAUCCAUAUGAGCUUGAAAUAUGGAUUACGACUAAGAUUGAGUCCGAAAAUGUGUUGUGGAGCAAGUUCUUGACAUUGUAUACGGAACCUUUCUAUCCGAUUUCACCUUGGGGUUUCUUCAUUGACGAAAAAAAGAAGGUCGCCAUGGGUUUUGACGAGGACUUUUAUCACCACACACUUAGCAUCGUUGGAGAGGCUAAAUACUUGAGAAAAUCGGUUCUUGGCAACAAAAUCUCUAGGAUGUGGCCACAUGUGUGCUCUUAUGUUCCAAGUCCAGUGCAAAUCAAGCAGCCAGUCAAAAGAAAAAGGCAGAGCAACUUAGAAAAGCGUCGAUAUGAUGAAAAGAUGUUGACACUUGCGGCACUUGAAAACCCAGUCAACGAGCUUUCUCCAAGAGGCAAAAGGAGAAAAUGA